AUGAUAAUAAUAUUCAGUAUUUGGAGUAAGAAUGAUCACUCUCUAUCGAUCCCAGUGACUCUCUCUCUCUCUCUCUCUCUAUCUAUCUAUCUAUCUGUCCCAGUCACUCUCUAUCGAUACUACUCACACUCUAUCUAUCCCAGUAACUCUAUAUCUAUCUUACGCACACACUAUCGACCUCAGUCACUCUUUAUCUAUCCUAGUCACUCUCUAUCUAUCCCAAGGCUAUCCUAUCACUCCCUAUCCCAGUCACCCUCUAUCUAUCCCAGUCAUUCUCUAGCUAUCCCAGUCACCCUCUAUAUAUCCCAAUCACUCUCUAUCUAUCCUAGUCAUGCUGUAUAUUUCCCAAUCACCCUCUAUAUAUCCCAAUCACUCUCUAUCUAUCCUAGUCACUCUCUAUCUAUCCUAGUCACCCUGUAUAUAUCCCAGUCACUCUCUAUCUAUCCUCGCCACUCUCUAUCGAUCCCAGUCACUCUCUAUCAUAAUCACCCUCUAUAUAUCCCAGUCAUCAAGCUCUAUCUAUCCCAGUCACUCUCUAUCUAUUCCAGUCACUCUCUAGCUAUCCCAGUUAGCCUCUAUAUAUCCCAGUCACUCUCUAUCUAUACUAGUCACCCUCUAUCGAUACCAGUCACUCCUUAUCUAUCCUAG